UGAUUGCGUCAUCAAAAGCCGACAUCUGUCUGUGACGUUUCCAGCGUACUGUCGUGAGUGAAGUUAGCAAAAGAAACAUGUGAAACUUUCGCUAAUAUUAAUCGAUCGUUUUUUUUUCAUACCACACUCUUCAUCACAUUCACAGUACUACGCUUGAGCUACAGUUGUCUUCUGCGACAAAAAGGUAAAGCAACCAUGGCCUCCCAUGCUGCGCCUGUGGAUGCCAAGGCAGAGCUGACCUCUCUGCUGGACCAAUGGGAGACGGAGCAGCAAGGAACCACUGACGACCUGGUCUCCAUCCUCACCAAAAUCUCUGAGCUGAUAGAGCGCGAGACAGAGGAGUAUCAUAAAGCUGAUCCUGACCCGUUUGAUGACCGCCAUCCAGGACGAGCAGAUCCAGAAUGCAUGUUGGGACAUUUACUCAAAAUCCUCUUCAAGAAUGACGACUUCACAAAUGCGUUGCUGAAUAGCUAUGUGAUGACCAGUAGAGAGCUGUCCAUGAACACGGCAGCGUGUCGUCUGCUACAGAACAUAAUGCCAGGUCUGGAGACAGCUGUGGUGUUCCAGGAGAAGGAGGGUCUGGUUGAGAAGCUGUUUAAAUGGGCCCAGGAGGCAGAGCAGCCUCUGUGUAUCUACGCUACAGGACUACUGGCUAGAGCGAUGGAGAACCAGGAGAUCGCUGCAAACUACAGGGAUGAAAACUCCAAACUGGUGCCGCUGAUGCUGAUGAGGCUACGUGAGCUGCAGGAUGAAGAAUCAAAGAGUCGUCAGGCUUUAAAACGCCCCAGCCCUAAGAAGACCUUCCAGUCCCUCCAGUCUGUAGCAGAGGAACCUACAGACAGAGACCCCAACGAGGAAGAGAGCAGCACACCUCAACAGAAUACAGCAACAGAUAACGAGGAGGAGGAGGAGGAGGAGGAAGAGGAGAGGAAGGACAAAAAGGAGAGGGGAAGAGAGACGACAUGUAGUAGCAGGGCUGCGUUGUCCAGGCCCAAGCCAUCGUUCCACCUGGUUAAGGCCCAGAAGACCAGCAGCUGUGUAUCGGUGAAGCCCAUUCAAGACGCCCUGUACCAGCCAGGUCCAUGCCCCGACACCAGCCUGGGAGGGCCUGAAUCCAGGGGGCAGGAGUCUGGAGGAGGCCUGUGGAGGAAGAGAACUGCCACAGUCAGGGAGAAUGGGAGGAAAGCCAAACAGAAACUCCACUUCGCCUCCUCUUCCACGGAUCCAGAGAGAGAGCGAGGGAGAGGAUUGUCCUGCAGUACCGGUAGUGACCAGUCUAACAGUAGAUGGUCAGAGAUGAGCUCCUGGGUGAUUGGGGACAACUACCGUCUGUACCCCCUCACCCCUGCUAUAGAGCAACGCCUCAUCCUCCAGUACCUCACACCCCUAGGAGAUUACCAGGAGCUGCUAGCUGUGUUCAUGCAGAUGGACACCAGAGAGCUUCUCAUGUACUACAUUGACCUGAAACACACCCACGAUGUCCAGCUCACCUUCGACUCACUCCUGUACCUUGCCUACCUGCUCCUGCACAAGAAGUUUGCAGCUGACUUCAUAGCUCAUGGAGGAGUGCAGACGCUGCUGGAUAUCCCCAGACCCUCCAUGGCUGCCACAGGGGUGUCACUGUGCCUCUACUACCUGGCUUAUAACCAGGACGCCAUAGAGAGGGUGUGUAUGCUGGCAGACGGUGUGCUGUCGGACAUGGUGGGCUAUGCCCUGUGGCUCCUGGAGUGUUCCCACGCGUCAGGCUGCUGCCAUGCCACCAUGUUCUUCUCCAUCUCCUUCUCGUUCAGAGCGAUACUGCAGCUGUUUGACCAGCAGGACGGGCUCAGGAGACUAGUCAACCUGAUCAGUACAUUGAAGAUCCUGAACACAGAGGACCAGGGGGCCAUGUUGAGUGACGACCAGGUGUUCUCCAGCCGUCAGACAGCCAAACACACCUGUAUGGCCCUGAGAAGGUACUUCGAGGCCCACCUGGCUGUCAGGGUGGAGCAAGUCAAACAGUCCCUCCAUAGGACUGAAGGGGGCGCUCAAGUUCACCCUCAGCCUUACUACAAGUCGUGUUCAUACAGCCAUGAGCAGGUGGUGGAGAUGAUGGAGUUUCUGAUAGAGUGUGGUCCCGUUCAGCUUCACUGGGAGCCUGUAGAUUUGUUCCAGAAGCUCUCCUGUAUACCCCUGAUGUUACAACUCAUCUCUAUAGCCUGCGACUGGAGGACUUACUAUGGCAGGUCUGAUACGGUGCGUUUUGCCCUGGACAUCCUGGCCAUGUUGACUGUAGCGCCAAAUGUUCAGCUGCUGCUUGCUGAGACUGUCGACGUGCUGGAUAAAGGAGGAUCCACCGUCUGCACUGUCGGUAUGAGUAUUAUCCUGGGUGUGGCGGAGGGAGAGGUGUUUGUCAACGAUGCAGAGAUCCAGAAGUCAGCGCUCCAGGUGAUCACCAACUGCGUGUGUGCCCCCGACCACACCCUCUCUUCCAUGGGCAGCUUUCUACACCACCACCAGGCCAAGCACCCCCAGGAGAGCGUGCUCACCAAGAUGUGGAACGUUGUCCAGGCCAACAACGGCAUCAAGGUCCUCCUUGGUUUACUGACAGUCAAGAUGCCCAUCACGGACGCAGACCUGAUUCGAACGCUGGCUUGUAAGGCUCUGGUUGGUCUGUGUCGCUCCAGGGCUGUCAGACAGAUCAUCUCCAAACUGCCGCUCUUCUCCUCGUCACACAUACAGCAGCUGAUGAAGGAACCUGUGCUGCAGGACAAACGCUCUCAACACGUCCGUUUCUGCCGCUACGCUGUCGAGCUCAUAGAGAGGGUGUCGGGUAAACCCCUGUUGAUAGGGACAGAUGUGUCUUUGGCCCGGCUCCAGAGGGCUAACGUUGUGGCCCAGUCCCGUAUAUCCUUUCCUGAGAAGGAGCUGUUGCUGCUCAUCAGGAACCACCUGGUGGCUAAAGGACUCCUGGACACAGCCUCAGCCCUAACCAAGGAGGCUGAUCUCCCCUCCGGCCCACUCUCCUCCUCCCCCUCGCUCUUCCCGGCGGUCUAUGUAGCUCCUCCCCCCAUCUCUUCGUCCGCUGUAUUACCCAGAACCCCAAGGGGCAUGGCCAACGGAGGAGUGGGAGUGGCUGCUCGCCUCGCUGCAGUGACCCCAUCAUCAUCAUCAUCAUCUUCGUCUUCUUUGGUCCAUACACAGACGCCACGCCCCUCCUCCUCUUCCUCUCUCCCUCCUUCCACCCCCCACGGCCCACCUCCCCAUGGUUUGCCCCAGAUUGGACGUAUCCUGUUCACGCGGGAGCGCUCCUCUGUCUCCUGUAGCCCUGGAGCUGAACUCUGCAGCGUUGGUGGCAGCAGUGGGAAGCGGCCUUCCAGUGUGCUGAGACAGAAGUCGGACCACGGAGCGUUCAGCCAGAGCCCUGCCAUGAAGAAACAGCUUGACAGACACCUGCCAUCCCCGCCUUCCCUCGACAGCAUCAUCACAGAAUACCUCAGGGAGCAGCAUGCCAGGUGUAGCAACCCAGUGACUACCUGCCCUCCCUUCUCCCUGUUCACACCCCACCAGUGCCCAGAGCCCAAGCAGAGACGCCAGGCCCCUACUAAUAUCACCUCCAGGCUGACCAGCAGGGUGCUGUAUCCGAAACAUGGAGGGGUGGACGGGGGCUGCCUGGACAGACACCUCAUCUUCAGCAGGUUCCGGCCCAUCUCAGUGUUCAGGGAGGCUGAGGAGGAUGACAGUGGUUUCACCUGCUGUGCCUUCUCAGCCCGCGAGCGUUUCCUGAUGCUGGGGACGUAUACAGGACACCUGAAGCUCUAUAACGUGUUCAGCGGACAGGAGGAGGCUAGCUACAGCUGUCAUACUUCAGCCAUCACUCACCUGGAGCCCUCACGGGACGGUUCUCUGCUGCUGACGUCUGCCUCGUGGGGUGUCCCUCUGUCAGCUCUCUGGAGCAUGCAGUCUGUCUUCCAGAUGAAGCAUUCCUUUUUGGACGACCAUUACGUUGAGUUCAGUAAACUGUCACAAGACCGAGUGAUUGGCACCAAGGACCAAGUAGCUCAUAUCUAUGACAUCCAGUCAGGCCAGAAGCUGCUGACCCUGAAUGACCCUGGCCUGGCCAACAACUACAAGAGGAAUUGUGCAACUUUUAACCCUAGCGACGACCUGGUGCUGAAUGACGGAGUAUGGGACGUGCGCUCUGCUCGGGCCAUCCACAAGUUUGACAAGUUCAAUAUGAACAUCAGCGGCGUGUUCCAUCCCAACCGCCUCGAGGUCAUCAUCAACACGGAGAUUUGGGACCUGAGAACGUUCCAUCUCCUCCACACUGUGCCUGCCCUGGACCAGUGUAGAGGGGUGUUUAACAACAACGCCACCGUCAUGUACGGAGCCAUGCUGCAGGCUGAUGAAGAGGAUGAUGUGAUGGACCGACAGAUGAAGAGUCCCUUUGGUUCCUCCUUCAGAACCUUUGACGCCACCGACUACAAACCCAUCGCUACUGUGGAUGUGAAGAGGAAUAUUUUUGACCUGUGUACUGACACCAGGGACUGCUACCUGGCUGUCAUUGAGAACCAGGACUCCGUCAACGUGGACACAGUGUGUCGCCUGUAUGAAGUGGGGGAGACGGAGACUAGCUGA